CUGGCAACGGGGGGGUUGUGAGUGCCGUCCGAUCCGGCAGCGAUCAAGAAAGCUAGAGAGCUAGCACUUGGAACAGACGAUCUCCAGGGUGAGGAGCGUCUAGUCUCCAGCCGCAGAUGAACCACAGGAAGCGUUUUUUGCUGUGGACUGUUGCGAACGGAUUGGCUGCUAAGUAACAACUGCAGAAGCCGCAGCCAGCAAAGCUAAGCUACUGUGUCAACAGCUGCCUGUGCAACUGCGUAUCAAUCGUGAGAGAGCCGGAGGACGAUACUUGCUGUCGUAGCAAUGGGAGAGAGCCAAGAAGAUACCAGUGAACACGAUUGUCAAAAGUGUGGGAAGGAAAUUCAGCAAGUACCGUACAAGUAUGCUGGGAAGUACUUCCACGCGAGGUGUCUGACUUGCAAUUAUUGCAGCAAGAAGUUGGCUGGGAAACCAUUUCUCUGUGUAGAACACAAGAUAUUCUGCGGAGACCAGUGUCAGGAUAACUACCAAGAGCCACGUAGCAGUGAGGCUGCCACUACUGCAAACAUCUCCAAUAAUGCUAGCAAUGACACUGAUUCCGACGGACAGAGUCUCACAAACGGUCACUCUCAGGGAGAUGAGUCACUCCUAGAGGCUCUAAACAGCACAGAGACGACUCCCUCGGCCUCCCCACUCCCCCAGACCCCUCCCCGCGGCGUCAGAAUCACCGAUUACCCGGGACACACCCUCUCCCAGUCGCCCCCUGGGUCAAUCCGUCGAUCCUCCCUCUCGGUGAGCGAGAGCAGUCUCACGGGUAGUUUCACAUCCGAUGCUGGUUCCCCUGGACAACCGCGGAAGAGAAUCCUCAAGAAACCGCACGGUCCGCGGAAACACAAGUCGAACCGUGUCCACUGGAACAUUCCGGAAGAGGGUGGAGGGGAUGGAGUCUCGCUGCUGUCAUUUGAGUCCACCAGUACCACGAGUGGUGUCUCACCUUCUUCCUACCUGCAGGGUGUGAGCGAGUGUCGCCGCAAUUGGAGGGAGUUUGAAGAGCCCCCCGCCCCCGGGAGCACGGGGCUGACCCCCAUGAAACAGCUGCGCCCCCCUCCGAGAAAACCUCGGGGAGUCUGUAGACUCCACCCCCUUGUCAUUCUCGGAGUCUCCGCCCACAGGACGUCCACAUCGGUACGGAACGGGGACCAGUGACAUGGGAAUCGGACAGAAACUGUCUCCGUUGUAUUACUCCACCCAGUCUAGUAUACCCCACCACACCUCUACCCCACUCCGACGUCACAGCGACAGCAGCACCAUGACAGCAAUGCAAACCU